AUGCCACAACUCCCGACAUCUGACGAUCAUGAGUAUCGGUACAAUUAUAAUCAGGAUUCAUCCUUUUCUACCUUAAGAAAUGUUCUAGCUUCAAAACUCGCCGCAGUAACAGACAUUAUUCAACAAGCUCGAACGUGGUACUUGGAACAAUCAAUCAUUAAACAAAUACUAUUGGGUGGAGCUCUUGUUGUGAUUGGUGUCAUAUCCAUUUUGAUGGUCAUUUUCCAUAUAUAUAUAAUCAGAUUCCUCAUAUAUUUGUCUGACGAAUGGCAUAAUUUGAAAUAUGGAUCGUUGAUAAUAUUUGUCUUGAUAUUUAUGGUUGGGUUCCCUCCAUUGGUUGGAUUUUCCGCAUUGUCGUUUUUAACAGGGAUGAUAUAUGGGUGCCCACAAGGCUGGCCAUUGAUAGCAAGUGCUUCCGUUUUGGGUUCAACUUGUUCAUUCAUAGUAUACCGUUAUGUUCUCCAUAAUCAAGCUGUCAAAUUGAUGAAUCACAAUGAAACAUUCAGAGCAUUUGCAGAAAUUCUAGGAGAAGGCAAUUCAUUAUUUCUCUUGAUUUUGAUUAGAUUGUGCCCUUUACCUUACUCGUUAUCAAAUGGUGCAUUGGCCGCUAUUCCAGAAUUACCCUUACUCACCUAUUUUUUGGCUACAUUGAUUACAUCGCCAAAAAUCUUGAUCCAUUUGUUUGUUGGCAGUAAAUUGAAACAAAUUGGUGACGACAAAUCCAGCGGAGGCACGAAAAUUGUUGAUAUCAUAAGUAUUGUCCUCACUGGAACUGCUGCAACUUUAGCUGCGUAUUUGAUAUACGCCAAAAUGCAACAAAAGUUGGCAAGCUAUCAUUCUAGAGGUAUAGCCGCUGAUGACGUUAUGGUAUUUGGAAAUUUUGAAGAUGAUUUGGAAUUGGGGAGUAAUGAAAUUGAAUUAAAUUCGGCAGAUUUUGACGCUGAUAAUUUUAUCAUUGAUGACAAUGAAGAUGAUCCAAGACAACAAGGAAAUGGCAAUAAUACCAAUAAAGAUAAUGGUGUACGAACAUCUGAAGAAAUGCUUUAG